AACUCUACAUCGGAAAACAUUUUUUAUCGCGUAAAAUAAAUAAAUUUUAAUGAAAUUACAACAAAAACAAAACAAAAAUUACAAAAAAAAUGGAAAUGGAAAUUCAUUCGAAUGAUUCUCUAAUUAAAAAAUAUCCUAUAGAAUUUUUUACUUUUGAGAGUAUUAUUGAUAACAAUCGUAAUAAUAACGAUGUGAUUUUUGAAAGGAACAGUUUUUUGAAUUCGUCAACGAAUACGACGUUGAAUGUGGUGAUGCAAGUGGAAUAUCCUCGGUUUGAUUCACGUGCGCUGGUCGUGGUGAUUGUAUAUUGUUGUGUAUUUGUGGUUGCCUGCAUUGGUAAUGUCACUGUCUUCGUCAAUCUCUUCCGGUCACGUCGCCGGAAGUCUCGCAUCAGUUUCCUUAUUAUUCAUCUCACCGUCGCGGAUCUUAUUGUUACAUUUAUCAUGAUACCAUUUGAAAUUGCAUGGCGUAUCACUGUGCAAUGGUUGGGUGGCAACAUCGCCUGCAAGAUUCUCCUCUUUUUCCGUGCAUUUGGUCUCUACCUGAGCAGCAACGUGUUGAUCUGCAUCUCCCUGGACCGUUACUUCGCUGUGGUUCAUCCGUUAAUGAUGACCAUCAAACGUAGUCGUGGCAAAUGGAUGCUCUACUGCGCUUGGUUGGCGUCAACUUUCUACGCCUCCCCACAAAUUUUAAUCUUCCACGUGGAAACUCAUCCGCACUUCGCUAACUUCACGCAGUGUGUCUCCUUCGACUCGUUCGCAUCGCCGCGCCAUGAAUUCCUCUACAAUAUUCUUUGUCUGACAAUGAUGUACUUCCUGCCGUUGACGAUCAUCAUCGCUGCUUACGCGUCCAUAUUGUUUAAGAUGUGGCGCAAAGCACGUGAAUCCUCACAGGAUGAAGUCAAUAAUACACAAUCAACAAAUUCUUCAGAAAAAAGAGCUUCAAAUAUCAACGAACCACAACACUCCAAAUGUAACUCCAAAUAUUCAGCACCUUUAGUAAGACACAACAAUUCCUCCGAGAGUAAAGACUCCGCAAGCAGACGCAGCCGCAGCACUCUCAAAGUUUCCAAUAUCAACGCGACAACACCCACUCCAUCUCAUGAAAAAAUCCAAGUGCGAAAACACAGAGAUCACGUUGUCCUGCGUCGAUCUGAUGCCAAGUGUAUAGAACGAGCACGCCGCAGGACGCUCAAAAUGACAGCUGUAAUCGUGAUUGUUUUUGUGGUUUGUUGGACACCAUACGUAGUAAUGGCAUUGUGGUACAUGUUUGAUCGUCAAAGUGCCCAAAAAGUCCCUCUGUGGCUCCAGGACGGAUUGUUCAUGAUGGCGGUGUCAAAUAGUUGCAUGAAUCCUUUGGUCUAUGGCAGGUACACGGUGCGAACCGUUGUGGGUGGGAAUCGGUGGCCAAACACCACGUCAAAGUGCUGUUUGUUUGGUUGCGCGGCACGCAAACGCAGCGUGAUCAUAAUCGAACCCCGGAUCAACAAUAGACGAAAAAUAUACGUUAAUCGGCCAUUGUUAUCAAUGGUAAAUUUUACUCCUGAUGAUAAUAAUGAUGAAAAAGUUAAAAAUUCACCAGAAAUUAAAACGCAAUUUAUAUCGUCGCGCAAAAGUCAUAUUGAUGCAGCUGGGGUGGAGGCGCUUGGUGGAGGCGCCGGGAUACACAUGGAUUAUAAGCGUUCCACGCUGGCACGUUCCAAGUCGUCUUGGCAACACAAAUUAUACGGGGAUCAGCAGCCGGAUCAAGAAUAUAAUUACGUGUGUGAAUAUGAAUGGAGUCAUGGAAAUUGUAUUCGGAAGAAAACGUAG